UUGCUCGUAAAGUGACACUGUCGGUGUCAAAUAAUACAAAUUGGCUACAAAGGUAUCGACCACAUAAAUCUCAGUGUAUGUUGUUCAUCUAUUGAGUAUUUUACUCAUUUCUAUCCCAUCUAGCGUCCUGGGUAAGAAAUCUGGCAACACGUUAGGCUCCAUAGCUGCGCGGUUGUAGCGAGCUAGUUGUUAGCUAGCUAGUAGUAGCUGUAGUCAAGAUUGGAAUUGAAAAGGCAACUAAUUUGGGACAUGGCAGAGGCAGAUAGACCAGGGAAGCUCUUCAUCGGUGGGCUGAAUACAGAAACGAACGAAAAGGCACUGGAGCAGUAUUUCAGCAAAUAUGGCAGGAUUGUGGAGGUUCUUUUGAUGAAAGAUCGGGAAACAAACAAAUCAAGAGGUUUCGCUUUUGUGACUUUCGACAGUCCAGCAGAUGCAAAGGAUGCUGCACAUGAAAUGAAUGGAAAGUCACUUGAUGGCAAACCAAUCAAAGUGGAACAAGCCACUAAACCUCAGUUUGAGACUUCAGGCAGACGUGGUCCCCCACCCAUGCAUCCUCGCAGUCGUGGCCCACCUCGGGGUCUCCGAGGAUCCAGAGGAGCCCCAAGUGGGAUAAGGGGCCCUCCAAGCAGAGACUACUAUGAUAACGUAGGGAAUGUAGAACCCUUCUUUAAAGGGAUAUCCUCCAGAGGCCCCCCUCCUCUGAAGAGAGGACCUCCAAUUCGAAAUGGAGGGCCCCCUCCCAAGAGGCCAGCCCCAUCUGGACCCAUGGGUCGACGUAAGUCUCCUAUGUCCAGGGAUAGGGACCCCUAUGGCCCACCCCCUCCUCGCAGAGAGGCAAUGAUGUCCAGAAGGGAUGAUUACCCAUCCCCCAGAGAGGAUCAUUACAGCUCCAAAGAAAGCUACUCUAGUCGGGAAUACAUGAGUUCCAGAGACUCAAGAGACUAUGCACCACCUUCAAGGGAUUAUUCAUAUCGGGAAUACCCUAAUUCCAGCUCCCGUGACGAGUACGGGUCCAUGUCAAGGAGUUACAGUGAACGCGAUAGCUAUGGAGGAGGCCGUGAACCCAGAAGCUAUAUGGACCGUCCCAGCGCUGGCUCCUAUAGAGAACCCUACGAUGGUUACGGUAACUCACGCAGCGCCCCACCUUCAAGGGGGCCCCCACCGUCCUACGGUGGCAGUGGUGGAAGCAGUCGCUAUGACGACUAUGGCAGCAGUUCCCGGGAUGGCUAUGGCAGUCGCGACAGUUAUCCCAGCAGUCGGAGUGAUCCCUAUCCCCCUAGCCGUGGGGAACGAAUGGGCAGGCAAGAAAGAGGGCCAGCUCCCCCAAUCGAGAGAGGCUACCCUCCUCGUGAAGCGUACAGCAGCUCAAGUCGCGGGGCGCCUCGUGGCGGCCGCGGGGGCAGUCGAGUCGAUAGAGGAAUGGCCCGCAGCAGAUACUGAGAUGGACUCAAAGCGUGCCCUAAUCCUGCGUUAUCAGAUGACCUUUUUAUGGUGGAAAGAUUGAAGAAGGAAAAAAAAAAAAUCUAGCCAUACUAGCUAAUUCAAUGGAAGACCUUAGCUUUUGAGUUGUUUAUCUUCAGUUUUUCUUUUUUUCUUUUAACUGUUAAAUUGUUUUAUAUUGCCCCUGCCCAUGUAAUGGUACUGUUACCAAGUGAUGAGUGUUAAGUUUUUGUACAUUUAGUGGUGUUAACUUGCUUUGCCCCUGGAUGUGGCUUUCAUACACAAAUAAAGUUUUUAAUCAAAGAC